AUGGGGAGAAACAAAGCAGUAGGUCCAGACCAAAUUCCGGUUGAGGCAUGGAGAUGCCUGGGGGACAUGGGGAUAAGCUUGUUGACAAGCCUCUUUAACAAGAUUUGGACGAGUGCAAAAAUGCCAGAAGAAUGGAGACUUAGUGAGGUUAUACCUAUCUAUAAGAACAAGGGAGACGUGCAGAGUUGUAGCAACUAUAGGGGCAUUAAACUCAAGGAACUACCGUGGUGCAUGAUUUUUGCCGAUGACAUUGCACUUAUUGCGAGAUCGACGGAGGAGCUAAACAGUAGGUUAGAGAAAUGGAGAGAAGCACUUGAAGACAAUGGUUUAUGUGUGAGCCGAGAGAAGAAUGAAUACCUACGAUGUGACUUCGAUAAGCAGGAAAUAAGACAAAAUGGGGAUGAGGAUAUUCGCAUUGGGGAGCGGAUAUUGGAUCCGAAAGUGUCUUUUAGAUACGUAGGAUCCGUGAUACACAAAUCAGGGAGGAUAGACGAAGACGUGACACAUCGAAUCCAAGCUGGAUGGAUGAGGUGGAGAGCAGCUUCUGGAGUCAUAUGCGACAAGCGGAUCCCGCUAAAACUGAAAGGCAAGUUUUACAGAGUGGCUAUUAGACCGGCUAUGUUAUACACGUCAGAAUAUUGGCCGAUGACGAAAGCCCAAGCGUCUCGAGUAGAGGUGGUAGAGAUGAGGAUGCUAAGGUGGUCUUCCGGGAAGACCCUAUCAGACAGGAUCCCCACGAGAGUUUUUAGAGCCGAUCUUGAAGUAGGGACCAUCAUUAGCAAGCUAAGAGAAGGGCGCUUCAGAUGGUUUGACCAUGUUAGGAGAAGGGAUCGAAUAGCACCAUUAAAGAGAGCGGAGUCUAUUCACGUCGAAGGCAUACGAAGAUGGAGAAGGCCUAUGAUGAGGUGGGAGGACCGAUUAGCGAAGGACCUAAUUGAGCUUGGUUUGUCGGAGGACAUGACGUCGGAUAGGAAGGCCCGGAGAACUAGGAUUAGAGUAGAGGAUUAG